GUGUCAUCUCACAAACACACACACACACCUACACACGUACUCACGCUCAUAAACACACGUGGAUUCCGGAUUCCCCUGAGAUUUCAUUGACAAACACCAGUUUUCAGGACCAAACUCAGAUGACAUGCAGUCUCAGCGGCGGGUGGAGGUGCACGACCACAUGAAUGGGUCACGGAUCGCCUUCUCGGACUCGUCUGGGCCCGGGUCCGCUCCGUACCAGCAGGUCAUGACCCCCGACCUGACCCACGAAGUGGUUGUGAUCUCCCCGGGACUCCCAACACCUCCUCACAGUCCUUAUCAAUCCUUCUUGCGCAGUUCUUCACAACACAAGAGUGCAGAACCCAAUGGAAGUCCAGUCAUGCCUCCUAGUUUUGGAUCCUACUAUGGUCCCUCUCAGACACAGGGUCAGCUGGCCAAUGGCAUGCAGAGGAGAAACGUCAGCACCCUGCCCCGCAGCUUCGCUCCCCGGGAGGAGAGACUGAUUAAGUACUCAGGGAUCGGGCCGGUGGACGAGACAGGCAUGCCCAUAGCCUCCAGAUCAAGUGUAAACAAACCAAAGGACUGGUAUAGAAGCAUGUUCAAACAGAUCCAUAAAAAACCAGAGGAGCCAGAAGGAGACUGGAGUGAAAGGAGAUGGUCACCCCCGCCCCCCUCAGAUGGGCCCCGGGUGGACGGUCAAGACCCUUUCACUCUCACGUCGUACGGGUCUCUCCCAGACUGGAGCACUGAGCUGGACGAGGUAAGGAAGCAGCCAGAGCCUAAAAGCAUUUUCGAUUUUGAACCGGGACAAGGGAGCACCACAGCCAGUCGUACCCAGACUCAAAUUCAGAAGCCCCUAAACCGGACCCCUGUGGCACCUCCCCGUUCUCCUUCUAUAGAGGCGACGCUGGUCUCGGAACUGAACCGCCUAGAGGCGGAACUGGACUCAGAUAUUCGGGGUUUGGAGAGGAAGCUGUCCCAGAAGCAGCAGCAGAGAGGCAGGGGUGAGGGAGUGAGGAGCAGGUCUGCAGAAACUUCUCCAGCGACCAGGAGAGCCCAGGACAACAGCCAGUUCACUGGAGCAAAGCAUCUUGGGACAAAAGACAGGGGUGUGCCACCGCGCAGCCAUCCCAUAAUCCCCAGCUCUGGCUUGGCAGACGCUUACACACAUGCUGAAGACAGAACCAUCCUUGCGCCUGAACCCAUGGACUUCUUACCAAAGAGAGAAGACAGGAAGAUGAGAGCAGCGAGGGCCAAAUUUGAUUUCCAAGCACAAUCACCCAAGGAGAUGACCCUACAGAAGGGUGACGUGGUGUACAUACACAGGCAGGUGGAUGGCAACUGGUUUGAAGGAGAGCAUCAUGGGAGAGUGGGCAUUUUCCCCACCAGUUACGUGGAGAUCAUUCCCCCCACAGAGAAGCCCACGCCCAUAAAAUCCCCCGCUGUGCAGGUGUUGGAGUACGGGGAGGCUGUCGCCCUGUUUAACUUCAAUGCUGACCUCCCCGUUGAGCUGUCGUUUAGGAAGGGAGAGGUGAUCUCUGUGAUCAGGCAAGUUGAUGACCACUGGUUGGAAGGCAGGAUCCCGGGGACCACACGGAGCGGAAUCUUCCCCGUCAACUACGUCCAGGUGAACAAAAUGCCUCGCACGAAAUCUAGCGACGAGCACCCCAAAUCGCCCCUGUCACCCACCUCACCCGUGUCCCGCAGUCCGGGACUGCCAGCGCACUCUCCCUCUCCGCGUUCACCCCUCUCCUCCGCCUCCAUCACCCCCGAACCUCUCCCGCCUUCCCCCAAACACUUCGCAGCCAGCCAAUCACGCUCCCCGCUUUCACCCGCUCAGUCCGCCCACGUAAAACAGCCGACCAAUCACUGGCCCCACUCGCCUGGCCCCGCCUCACCCACGCCGAACAACAGCAACCACUGGAGCGGAUCGCAUCCUGCUGCUCACAGCUCAUUGGGUACAGAAGCAAACUCGCCCGUGGCACCGUCCAAUCAUGUUCCGGCGUCUCCCCAGGGCCCAGGAAUACCGUCCAGUAUCGGUGCCAAACCUGCAUAUUCCACCCAGGAGGGGAUGAGAACGCAUCCUCCUCAACCAUACACGCACAUUAAGACCCCGCCCACAAAAACGACCCUGGCCAAGAGUGGCUCAACAGUGGUCCCACGGCAACCAUACAAAGCUGUGUAUAAUUACAAGCCGCAGAACGUGGAUGAGUUGGAGCUGAGAGAGGGAGACAUCGUACAGGUGAUGGAGAAGUGUGAUGACGGAUGGUUUGUAGGUACGUCUGAGAGGACUCAUGCCUUUGGAACGUUUCCAGGCAACUAUGUGACACCAGUUUAAAAAUCACUCUGAAGAUGUUUGACUUUUUUUUUUUUUUUCCUUU